AUGGGUCUCGGCAAGACUAAACAGAUACUAGCAUUUUUAGCAGGUCUCCUUGAAUCAAAGCUGAUGAAAACAGCACUAAUUGCUGUUCCUGCAGCCAUUGUGCAUCAAUGGAUUGAAGAAAUGAUUGAUCUUGGCCUAGAGAACUACAUACACAUAUUUAAGGAUAAACAAACAAGGAAAGAGGAGCUUGCCAAGUUUUGUGAGUCUGGGGGCCUUCUUAUCACUACACACACUCUAGCAACUAAUAAUUGGUCAGUGCUGAAGGGGCCGUGGGACUAUAUGAUCAUUGACGAGGCUCAUGUUACUUGCAAAAAGGAGACAUUAAAGUCAUACUGUAACUUGCAGAGGCUUCAUUGUAGCCACAGAAUACUCCUUACUGGAACUCCAUCACCGAAUGGGUUGAAGGAGUUACGCGCAAUUCUUAACUUCUGCUGCCCAGGAAUAUUCAGUUCUGUGAAGGACUUUCAUGAAAACUAUUUAGCUCCUCUUGUCGAAGGAAACUACAAGGGGUCUUCUUCAGAGCAGCUGAAUGAGUCUUUCAAGGCUUCGCAGAAACUGCAAGGUCUGCUCAGUCCUUGCUUCUUGAGAAGAUUGAAAAAUGUGCUAUCAUCUACAGAUACGCCUGAGAAAAAAAGAUUAAAUUUACCUGAAAAGGUUGAGUUUGUCGUUUGGCUUAGAUUGUCGCCUUAUCAGGAGAAGUUAUACAGAGAGCUUCUGAGUGGUGGUAUUGUUCGAAAAAACAACCCAGGAGAAAUGAUAGUAGCUUCAACGCUAAUGCAAAAAAUUUGCAACCAUCCUACUAAAUUGGACAAGAUAAGUCAAGAAGACCUAGAUGGUACGCAGAGAUUUGUUCUAAAAUGCAUGGUAAAAAAAUUAAGAAGCAGAACAUCUACAGAUGAUAGACAUUUUUCUGAAGAACAUCACUCUUCAAAACUUGAUAUCAUAGUGAGGUUGCUGGAAAGGUUUAAUGAGCAAAAGCUUCGAGUGUUGAUAUUCUCUCGAACUUGCGAAAUGCUGGAUGCCAUUGAGAUGGAAGUUUGA